UCUCUUUUUCAAGCUUUCUGGUUUCAACAAUGGCUUCUCAUUCUUCUUCUCUUCUUCUUCUCGUUAUCUUCUUCACCUUUUCCUUUGUUGUCUUUGCAUCUGAACUUCAUGAAAGUGAAACCUUUCACACCAGGCCCUCAAAAAGACCUUCACGAAAACUGGUGUUCCCUGUUCGCAAAGAUGGUGUAACAAAUCUUCACAUAGCAAGCGUUCUCAAGAGAACCCCACAAGUCCCACUUAGACUUCUGCUUGAUCUAAAUGGGAGGUCCCUUUCUGUGGCGUGCGAUAAAGAGUACCAAUCAUCAACCUACUCUGCCCCUCGCUGCCAUUCCACUCAGUGCUCUAGAGCCCACAGUCACGAUUGUUACAGGUGCACCUCCUCCAGUGUCCGACCUGGGUGCCAUAACAACACAUGUGCAGUCACGUCGGUGAACCCUGUGACUCAAGAAAGUGACAUUGGUGAGCUAGCUCAAGAUGUUCUCGCAGUUCAAUCUGUUGGAGAUAAGUCCACUAUUGACCCUUCUGCAAGUGGUUCAAUGGUCACAGUCCCUCAAUUCCUCUUUGUUUGUGCACGUCGUAGACUACUCCAAAAUGGAUUACCAGAUUAUGUUCAUGGGGUUGCUGGAUUAGGACAUACUCCUAUUGCUCUACCAACUCAACUUGCUUCCCACUUUGGGUUCAGACCAAAUAUUGUCUUGUGCUUGACCAACUCCUUUAGAAGCCCUGGGUUCGUUUUGUUUGGGGAAGAUCCUUGCACUUUGUCUCCUAACUUUUCCCCUCGCCUGCACUACACACCAUUGAGCGUUGGGAGAGAAGGAGAGUAUUACAUACAAGUGAGAUCAAUCAGAGUAAACAACAAAGCUAUUCCAUUGAAAAAUAAUAUUAACAGAGCCAAGAUAAGCACCACAACUCCAUUCACAAUUCUUGAACACUCCAUUUUCCAAGCUUUCACUCAAUCUUUCUCUCAGCAGCUAUCCCAAGCAGGAGGAGCACAACCAGUUGGACAUUUCAAAGUCUGCUACGACGCGAGAAGAAUCCCAGACACCGUAGCUGGCCCUGGAGUUCCUAGGGUUGAUCUUAUGGUUGGCGACCAAAGUGUUGCAUGGACACUUUUUGGUGCAAACACAAUGGCGGUGGUUCACCCACUUGUGUACUGUUUAGCUUUCAUUGAUGGAGGGACAAACCCUGCAGAUCCAAUUGUGAUUGGGGCUCAUCAGUUGGAAGAAAAUCUUGUUCAUUUUGAUCUUCACCAAUCGAGGGUGGGCUUUAGCUCUUCCUUGUUGAAUAAUAAGACUAGUUGUGCCACUUCCUAUCGCAAUCCCACAGAAAAUCCAUAGAAUAAUAUAUAAUCUGUGGAAAAUGGGAAGGAAGCUCCUGCUAUAAAUGCUUAGUAGGAGUUUCUCUAGUAAGUGUACGAUAUGAAAUAAAAGAGCGGUCUUUGUUCUUUUGAUCAUGGCUAGUCAAAGUAA